GAAAUCAAUUAUUAAUUUUAACGACUGUGUAUCUGCACGUUAACUGGUUUUAGCUUGCUGCAAGCUGGUGACUAUGCGAGUAAGUGAGGUUUUUAAUUUUAUACUGAUGAUUAGAAGCGCCGGUCGUUUUGGACACUCAACAGAUCUGAAGUAUGCAUUAUAUUUUGAAACAGAAUUCCCGAAUUUAUUUCCCCGGCGACCUGAGAUGCAAAAUAAAUGUUAAUGGAGCUGGCUUGUUUUUCCUAGCUACUGUGCGCCGGGUAAAUCUUGGCGUACGAUAGCGAGGGCAAGAAUCAUCGCCAGAGAAAGAAAAAAGUAACGCAUACUGAUGGACGGUUGGGAUUGGUUUUGGUUGGUUUCAUAUGACGUUAGAUCGUAUCCGUUUGUGUUGUUUCUCUUUUUCACUUUUUUCAUUUUCCUUUUCAACGCACGAAACACAAGAUCGUAAGAUUCGGUCUGGGCUUCGAUCCUUGUAUCGGAACACAGUAAACAGUAACUCAGAUAUUGCGGAGACACUUUUUUCAGACGAAAAUGUCCAUAUCUGUAGUCACUGGGGGGCAACUAAGUUCAGUAAAUUCGAGGGGCGGUUUAGUCAUUUCAAUGCAUAAUUGUCUUCUAGAUGGAACUUUUCCUUGGAAUGCUUUUGAUGCAAGUCUGAUGUUUCUUUUUUACUAUCUGCUUCAAUUUUUACCUCUCUUCGGAUUCCUGAUCCUCCGUCUGUUUUGCGACCCUUUUUUGUGAAAAAUCUUAUUUUAGUAUUCUCUAUCAAGUUUAUGCUACGUAUUGGCGUGGUCAUUUUGGUCAUUUCAGCCCAAGAAAAUUGGGAGUGAAUAAAUACAAUUUACCCCGAUAUUCUCGCGGGUACUAGCAAUAGUUUAAUUGAUUUUUACUCUUAUAUGAAUUUGUUUGUGGUGAUAAAGUUGAAAAGAGUGGUCUUAAUUUAAUAAAUUAUGGAGUGCAGAGAUCAGAUAAGUCGCAUAUUGACUGCAGUCUUCCUCUCAAAAAGAUCAAAUCCUUGGAUUCAUUGAGAAAAGAUUUUAAAAGAAGUUAAAGCUUCUGGGGAAACUGUUUGGAUUACUGUAGGAUAAUUUCUCGUUGGGGUGUUGAGAGAUGGCGUGUCGUGCGAUGCAAUAUUUUGAUAACGCUAUUCUUUGGCAUUAAUUCCUGCUUUAACAAAGUUUUUGUCGGGUUUCAAUUACAAUGUUGCCCUCCUCUCAUGUUGUCCUCCUCUCAUGUUGUCCAUUGCUUUGAUAGUGUACUUCGGAUAAAGCGUGUGGAAAUGGUGGCUUAGUGGGUCACGCAGUGAUCGCUUUUUGUUAAAAAAAAAAGUGUUUGCGCGAAAUUUGCAUGAGCGGAAGAAAGGUGAGGUGGGGGCGGGAGAUGAAGGGGCUACCCGUACUUUGUAUCUCAUCUUGUUCUAUUUGUGGGGUUGAAAAAACUUUUAAUUAAGAGAUUUAUAGAGGCAAAUGGAGUUGGAGUAGGUCUUAGUUAAUUCUUAAGGGUGUUUUGGUGAUGGACCAUGCGAGAGGCAUCAUUAAGGUAUGAAGGAACCAUCUCAAUGUUUAUGUCAAUCUGUGGCCAUUGGAGCAGAUCAUGACAAGUGGCUGCAAACCUGUGGAACGCAUGGACAUUAUGGGAGGGUCUGCAUCAGCUAGUCCAUGCUCGUCCUACCAACCAAGUCCAUGUGCAUCUUAUAAUCCUAGUCCUGGUUCAUCUUCUUUCCCUAGUCCUGUUUCAACCCGUUACACUGCCAAUAAUAAUGGUAAUACUGAUGCCAAUUCCCUCAUCCCAUGGCUUAAAAACCUCUCAUCUAGCUCCUCAUCCAAGCACCCUCACCAGCUCUUCAUUCACAGUGGUUCCAUAAGUGCUCCAGUCACCCCUCCAUUGAGCUCCCCAACUGCUCGAACUCCCCGCACCAAAAAUGACUGGGAUGAUCCAAUGGCAGGUUCAUCCUGGGCAGGUCAGAACUAUCCAUUCCUGCCCUCAUCUAUGCCUUCAUCUACUCCACCAAGUCCUGGCCGUCAGGUUUUGCCAGAUUCAGGAUGGCUAGCUGGUAUUGAAAUUCCUCUUAGUGGACCAUCAUCACCCACAUUUAGCCUCGUUUCACGGAACCCAUUUGGCUUCAGAGAUGAGCCUCUAUCCGGAGCUGGAUCUCGAAUGUGGACUCCUGGGCAAAGCGGGACAUGCUCCCCUGCUGUCCCUGCGGGUGUUGACCAGACAGCAGAUGUUCCAAUGGCAGACAGUAUGGCAGCUGAAUUUGCAUUUGGAAGUCACACAACAGGGUUAGUGAAACCUUGGGAAGGAGAGAGGAUCCACGAGGAAUGUGUAUCUGAUGAUCUUGAGCUUACACUUGGAAACUCCAGUACCAGAUAAGGGGAAAAGAUACAAGGGUGAGAAUAAAUUAUCCUUGUAUAUUUGCUUUGGCUUCUUCCUUCCCUUUUACGCCUUCAUGCCAAUUACUUCGUAUUGUGCAUGCUUCAUUCGGCAGGGAGCUGAGAUAGAAGUACAGUGAGUAGGAGCACCAGUUCCUUUUUUUUAUUACUUAUUUUGUUUUCUUUUUCUCUGUUUUUUUUUCAACAGGAGAGAACUGAAAAUUAAUUUAUAAAUAGUUCAUGGUGGUGACUUUGCCCCUUCAGUUCAACCCAUUCUUCCUUGAAUUUUCAUUUUUUUUUUAAUCCUUUUGUCCCCGAAAGAGAAGAUCCCGUUGCAACAUUGAUGCUUGUUUGGUGUGAUUUGGAAUUGUGCCAAUGAAAGGGAAUUUGGAUUUCAAGAUCAACUAAUUAGUUCUGACAAUUCUCUUGUAUCUUUCUUUAUUAAUUUUCAUGUGUUCUGCAAUACUAUUAAUUGCAGUUUUCUUGAUAUUGUUAUAUCACCAGCCUCUCUGCUGUAACUAAUCACGAACCAUGAAAAGGAGAGACCAGGCUAAUCACGAACUAUAAAUUAUUCUACCCAUGUCAAGAUAUUUUUUUUAGCACUC